GCUCCAUUCAUCAUCUCACCUCGAAAUAAAUUAUUAGUUUCCAUCCCACCACUCAUUUCGCACUUGAAGCUCUCAAACUCCACCAUUUACUAUCCGCAUACCUCUCUACUUCACUCUUUUUGAUUUUCGCUCUCGCGCUUUUAAAGGAAUCGGUAAAAAUGGCGCAAAAAGGCCAACAAAUCGACCUCACCUCUCUCACCACCGCCCAAUUAACCCAAGUCAAAAAGCAACUCGACGACGAGCUCGAACAUCUCACGUCUUCCUUCCAACAACUCCGCGCUGCGCAGAAUAAAUUCAGAGAAUGUUUGAGGAGUAUUAGUACGGGUGUUGGAAAGACGUUUGAGGGCAAACCAAUCCUCGUACCUCUCACAACAUCCCUUUACGUCCCCGGCGAAUUAGCGGAUACCGAGAAUGUGAUUGUAGAUAUUGGAACUGGUUUCUAUGUUGAGAAGAACACCAAAGAUGCAAUCAAAUUCUACGAAGCAAAAGUUGAAGAAAUUGGAACCAAUUUGAAGGAUUUAGAAAUUAUAGUCAACAACAAAUCAAAUAGUCUACGUGUGGUUGAAGAUGUUUUACGCCAGAAAGUUCUUAGCUCAACUCCAGGUGCUGCUUCAGCUUCAACAUCUUGAUACCUCUGCGCUAUGGAUGGGAAGGAAAAAAUUGAAAUGCCAAAAACUCAAAUAAUCUCGUAGAGAAGUCGAUUCAUUCGAGACACCACUAAAAUCAGAAUGGUCAAGUCGAGGAAAACACCAAAUUCGCUGUAGAGUGCAGACUGUAUUUAUGACGAGUGAAAUUCCGAUGAUGAUUGCUCUCAUUCAAAGAUGGCAGCAAAAUGAAAUAAGAAAGGACUGGUGCAAUGAAACUCA